AUGGAGAAGGAAAUGCUGGCGAUCGUCUUCGGGUAUGAACGGUUUCAUGAUUAUUUGUAUAGGCAACGGAAGACUACGGUUGAAAGCGACCAUAAACCGUUGGAAGCAAUCCUGAAGAAGCCCAUACAUCAACCACCCCUUCGCCUUCAAAGGAUGAUUCUCAGGAUUAAGCCUUACGCAGUUAAGGUUAAGUAUAUACCUGGCAGCAAACUGCCCCUAGCUGAUACGCUCUCCAGAGCAUAUUUACCCCACAACGGUACAGAUCAACCUGAUGAGUUUGAAAUUCAUGUCAUGGACUCUGGACAUUUGUCGGAGACGAUGUCUCACAAGUUGAGGGACGGAACUGAGAGUGACCCUGAACUUCAACAGUUGCAGAAAGUUGUCAUGAGUGGUUGGCCACAGACUAAAGUAGAGACACCAGUUGAGACAAGACCUUACUGGAACUACCGAGAUGAAAUAAGCGGCUACGAGGGGUUAACGUUCAAGGGUGAUCGCAUAAUUGUUCCCCAUAGCCUGCGACCCGAAAUACUUCAACGCAUACACGCUGCUGACUUGGGGAUAGAGAGGUGCAGAGCGCGAGCCAGAAGUGCAGUGUUUUGGCCAGGUAUCAAUAGUGCGAUCGACGAGUUGGUAUCCAAGUGUAGUACCUGUCAGCAACACCAGCGAAGCAACCAGAGAGAGCCUUUGAUUCCUCAAGAGGUCCCUGAGAGAGCCUGGGCGACAGUUGCAGCAGACAUUUUCUAG